AUGGACAGUCACAGUUACCAGUACUCAAGGGAAUUCUAUGAUCGGUAUGCACAAAGUCAAAAAAAAUCUGUGGUGAACAAGAUGCAGCAGAAAUAUUGGAAAACAAAGCAAACGCUCAUCAAGGUUACUGGGAAGAAAGAAGAUGAACAUGUUAUAGCAUCUGAUUCAGAUCUAGAUGAUAAACUAGAGCUUUUUCAUUCAAUUCAGAGAACAUGCUUGGAGUUAUUGAAAGUGAUUGAACAGUACCAAAAAAGGAUCUGCUUUCUGUCACAGGAAAUUCCCCCAUUCGCAGGGAUCUCAAGAUAA